ACACACAAGAGGAAGUCAUACAGAAAUUCUCUUCCUCUACAGUCUUCUGAGGAGAAAACACUUCUCUCCAGCAGCAACAUCACCAACUGAAACAUCAGUGGAGUUGGACAUUUAAAGGAACAUGCAGAGUCCGUCCACUCCAACCCCAAAUGACCCGGGUGUGGAGGAAGGUUCUGGACCUGACACAGGGUCACGGGUCACGGAGGGCAUGGAGACAGACCGAUUUGGUUUCCUUCUGAGGAACGGCAUCACUGCCGGGGGCGAGGGACCACUCCCCGAGUUGGUUAGACAGAGGGAGGCCAAGUGGAUCAACCUCAUCAGCCAAUGGGAUCGUGUCUUGCAGAAGAAGACCAGCAAGGUCAAAGAGCAGUGUCAGAAGGGUAUCCCAGCAUCCGUCAGGGCUAAGUGCUGGCCACUGCUCUGUGGAGCCACAGACAAAAUGAACAGGAACGUUGACCUCUACAAGUCUCUGGACUCCAAGCAGGCGCUGCAGAGCUGGGUGGACGUGAUCGAGAGAGACCUGGACCGCCAGUUCCCCUUCCACGAGAUGUUUGUCUCCAAGGACGGUCAUGGCCAGCGUGGUCUGUUCCGGGUUCUGAAGGCCUUCACCCAGUACCAGCCUGAGGAGGGCUACUGUCAGGCCCAGGGGCCCGUCGCUGCUGUGCUGCUCAUGAACAUGCCUGCUGAGGAAGCCUUUUGGUGCCUGGUGCAGAUCAGUGAACAGUACUUGCCUGGCUACUACAGCCCCCUGCUGGAGGGGGUUCUGUUCGACGCCGCCAUCCUCACCUGGGUUCUAAAGAGGGCGUGUCCCGCGGCCCACAGGCACCUGCAGCAACACGGGGUGGAGCCUCUCAUGUUCGCCACCGAUUGGUUGAUGUGCCUGUACACACGUCACCUCCCCUUCAACACACUGCUACGAGUCUGGGACCUCUUCUUCUGUUAUGGGGUGCGGGUGCUGUUCCAGGUGGCGGUGGUGCUGGUGCGUCGCGUCCUGGGCCGGGCCGAGCAGAGGAAGGAGUGCCAGGGCCAGAUGGAGACUCUGGAGAAGCUGAGGUCCAUCAGGGAGGAGAUCCAGCAGGAGGACAACGCCUUCAUCUCAGAGAUGUGUUCUGUGCCGCUGUCAGGGAGAGACCUGGAGAGGCAGACGGAGCGAGAGCUGGAGAAAUGGAAGAACGACCGACCCUCCUCCACCUUCGACCCCCGGGGCCGCUGCUACGGCUACCGCAUGGCGUGGGAGAAGGAGAGGCAGAAGGAGGCCGAGCGUGACAGGAAGGAGAGGCAGAAGGGCAAUCUCUCUCUCCCUCUCCUCCGCUCGCCUUCCAGCCUCUCCCUCUCGCCCUCGCUCCUCCGCAAGAAGUGGACUACAGGGAGGAAGGCCUCAGAGACGGCGAGGGAGGAGCGGGGCGAGGGAGAAGAGAAGCUGAGGAGGGAGAGCUGGAUGGAUAGCAGCCCAGCGAUGAUGCAAGGCGUCCUAGAAGAGGAGGAGAAGGCCAUGUGGGAGCCCAGUGUUCCGCUUGGGCACAGAGAACCCCAAGGGGGCCCACCGCCACCCAGGAAACCAUCAGAGGAGGAGAAGAGAACCGAUACGGGCCAACUCUCUCAAGCCCCGGAGGACCAGAGAGAGGUCAAAGAACCCAUCCAUGAACAUGGUGCUACCUCGGAUGAUCUCCACCAAUCACAGGUUCCAGUACUGCAGAGUAGCAGGAACGAUCAGGGUCAGGUAGCAGACCUCAGGUCUGACACCAUGGACAUGCAGGAAGAGAGGGAUGAACGGUUGAGGGAGAAGGAACACGUGAGAGGGACAUACACAGUGAUCGAUACCACGACAGAAGCUGAGGCAGGGACUGACACAAAGGUGAGGACAGAGGUAGGGGCAGGGACAGGAAAAGAGGCAGGGAAAGGAACAGAGGCAGGGACAGGAACAGAGGCAUGGACAGAGGUAGGGACAGGGGAAGGGACAGGAACAGAGGCAGGGACAGGAACAGAGGCAUGGACAGAGGUAGGGACAGGGGAAGGGACAGGAACAGAGGCAGGGACAGGAACAGAGGCAGGAACAGACUCAGGCUCAGAGAAAGUGGCAAAGGGAGGGACAGAGUUAGAGACAGGGAAAGAGGUACAUGCAGGGCCCAGAAAGGAGACUGAUAUAGAGGCAGAAAGGUUAGAUGCAGAGCCAGAGGCAGGGAGAGAGGCAGGAAUACAACUAGAGAUAGAGAUAGAGAAAGUGGCAGGGACAGAUAUAGAGCCAGAGAAAGAGGCAGGGACAGAUAUAGAGCCAGAGAAAGAGGCAGGGACACAGCUAGACACAGAGAAGAAGGCAGAGACAGAUAUAGAGCCAGAGAGAGAGGCAGUGACACAGCUAGACACAGAGAAAGAGGCAGGGACAGAUAUUGAGACCGAGAAGCACACAGAGGAGAAGGGAAGUAGACAGACCAAAUCACACAUGGUUCACAAAGAAAUAAGUAUCAACACAGAGACAGACACAGGGCCACAAACAGGCCUGGAGUCAGACAAAAUGGAGGAAGAAACUAGGACAGAGCCCCAGAGAGGCGCAGACGCAGAGAACUCCACCCACCCAGAGGACAGGGAGGACGAAGACCCAGAAUUCCAGACGCACACCCGGGCUGACACAGGAAAGGGUACUGACACACCCACAGACACGCUGACAGAAAAAGCCACGACACACACAGUUGGAGAGAACGAACACGAGGAGGAGAGGCAGACCGACGUGGAGGCAGUGGAGGGGGACUCACACGGACACACAGAGAUGAGGACAGAUGCUGGUGAGCCACUGGAGACAGAGACACAAGAGGCAGGUGAAAGUGCAACUGCCCUGACUGGAGGAGAACCAGAGACAGGCCAACUCUGUGACCACGAGGUGCCUCGCACAGAGGCAGGACAGACAGACUCCGCCGAUGCAGUGAGACAGGCGGAGGGGGAGACGGGCGUGGAGACGGACACGCCCGUCGAAUCGGAGACGCCAGCGACGCCGGAAACAAAGAUGGAGGCGCCGCAAAAGCUGGAGACGAACACACACUCGGAUUCAGUCGUGUGCAAAGUUACAGAGAGGGAAUCGGACAUGGAGUCAGAAGCACGCGCACAGUCAGAGAGAAAAUGUGAGGCAGAGUUCAUUGACCACAAAGAGACAACAGAUCAUACACAGAUAGACACACGUACUCAAAUUGAAACAGGAAAGGGUGACAUUGAGUCACAAGCAGACAUUCAGCCACCCACAGAUACCUCUAGAACUAUUAUACCAGAAGACAGCAUUGUUUGCCAGGACCAUGCCUCUGCUACAGAGCCUGAUGGGAAAUGUAGUUCAGUACAUCCAUCCCCUCUGGAACAGACCGGAUCUGAAGAAGGAAACAGUCAAAUCACUAGCGUUCCAGAGGAGAAACAGGAGAACCAAAACAAGAGAGAACCCGAAGGAGAAACAGAAGAUGACAUAUUUGAAUUGCCCACCCAGAAUGCUUCAUCAGACAUCACUGUAUCAGUGCAGAUUGAAACUGUGGCAGAGAACAUCUCCCCCAAACCUGGCAACGCAAAUCCUCAAAACCAGGGGGAUAUUUCCCCUAUCGCAGACACAAGGACAGAAUCUGGCAACCCAGAGACGACACACACCGUUGACCCGCCCAGCAGUCUGUCUAAAAGGGAUCCGUUGCUUCAUGACCCACCCCACCCAAGUCCUUCUGGAGAAUUCCGCCUCCGCAAAUCCUCCAGUUCCCGUGGGUCACGACCCCCCCGCAGGCUCUCUGAGGACCUCUUCACCGCCCCCCAGCUAUCCCCUCCUGACCAAUCAAACACAACCCCGACAGCCUCGAAACAAUCACAACCCACCAAUCCACCAGUCCCUACACAUUCAAAUCAAGCUCACACUAACUUUGACCCGAGUAUCUCUGAGACCCAUCACCCCGACCGUGAGCCAACUCACCCAGACCCUGCAAGCAGCCAGCCUUCAGCCUCACCUCCAAGUGGGUCUAACCCAGCCCCGCCUGGCCAGAGCUGUACCUCCCAGGACCCAGCCAGCCCUCCCCAGGGCUCAGCCAGCACCCCCAGACGCUUCGGCCUGUUCCGCAGGCUCAGAGGGGAGCCGGCCCGGGGCAAGGUCCCCGUCCCUACCAUCCUCAUCCAGGACUUCAGCGACGGGCCAGUGGAGCAGAGGAGCGUGGACGAGGAGGGAGAGGAGAAGCUGAGCUCCAGGGAGAGGCGGAGGAGACGCAGGGAGCAGGAGAGGAGGGAGAAAGAGGAGGAGAAGCUGCGAAAGAAGAGGGAGAAGGAGGCGGAGAAGGGGAGGAGGAAGCCGCAGACGAGAGGGAAGAGUUUCCAGGUGCAGGGCAAUAAGAGCAGCAGUGAUGUGCCUGGAAACCCCUCACAGACACUUGGUCACCAAAAACAUUCCCAUGCUGAAGCCUACUUCUAAAACACACACACACACACAGAAACCAAACAUGCACCUUUGAAGUCUAAAUAAAUGUAUUAUGAGAUUAUGAGAUAAAUCCACAUGAGAUUAUCCGGGGGAAAAAUAAAACCAAUAUUGUCAAAUUGA